UACAGCUGAAAGUGAAUGAAAUAUGACACGCCAUUAAAGUUACACUAAAACAUUUGACAAAGUACUUGGCGGCACUAACGAGCUUUUACUGUCUGAUUUUAUUUUGGAAAGUUCUGGUAUUUGAGAGAGAGAAGGACUUUGGAUGCCUGAGACCAUCCAUGAUUCCCAUGAUUAGCAUUGAAUUACAGUAAGUUUGCAUCUAGUCUUUCAUAGUAUUCUAACAUCCACUUUUAUUUGAAGAAAUCAAUAUCUGUUUUAAAAAAAAGAAUUUAUUAUGAUGGACCGAUAAUAACGGUAUCUCCUUUUUUUAAUAUAUUUAAAGGAUUGCAGGUUUUGUAAAAGAUUACCAAUAAUUGUACUAGAAUCAGUGUAACGCAAGGACUAACUGUCACAAUUCAAUUUUCUUUUGAGGAUACCUUCUCAUUGUAAAAAUCAACAUAAAAGAGAAAUGAAGAAAAUUAGUGGAGCCUUCAUGGGAAACCACCCUCAAGGCAAUGACAUAUACCCAAAGACAGCGAAAAGUGUGAACAAACGAAACGGCAAAAGAGAAGAAGAAGAAGAAAGAGAGCUGAAGGGAAGCGAAUACUAAGAAACUAUUAGCAACCCAACCACCCACACGAAUAUAUGACAGGAAAGCUCUCACAGGCAGCAGACUACCACCACGAUGGAAACAGCAGCGGCAAGCAGCAACACAAUGACAGCACAACGCGGCUAGAAUGCGAACACGAAUACACAACAAACAGCAAAGCAUAACAAACCGUAAAGCAUCCUGCGAAGACACGGCGACACGAAGCGAUGAGUACGCAAGAGCAAAAACACAGCGGUGGGUCGUACGAAUGCGGGUGGCUGGCGCUUAAGAUGGCGAGGAGGCAGCGCGGUGGCGCGACGAUAAAUACUUGUACGCGACGAUGCUACAACACUCGGGCAUAAAGCAAACUUCGAUUUAUGACCAACACAUUGGAAAAAUUAUGCGCGCGAGAGCAAAUGAGCGUACGCGUACAACCAAGCGUAGCGCAACGCCAUGAAGGACGGUGACGGCGCUAUGGAGUAUACCAUACAUAGACAAGGCAAUGAAUUGCGCGCACAUAUAGCACCGCGCGGGGGGCGCUGAUGCGGAGGGUCCUGACAACGUCAAGGAGUACAGCGCGACAGCACCCCGGACACAUAAACACACACACACCGACGGGCGCGCGUGCGACAGCGCGUUUGUUUGUAUGACAACUGAGCGGCGCGUUGUUGUAUUUUCUAUUUUGGGGGAGCACAACGGCGCUGAAGGACGAUGAGGCAGGAAGUGGGCGGCAGGCUGGCACAGCAGCGCGAGAGCAACGCGUCGCGCGGCUAGAGAGGCAAACAGGCGAUAAACUUUCGCACUGACAGCAACUUUCAGGCAACAUAAAUAGCAGAAAAAAAAACGUUUUUCAUUCCGACGACUGCAAAACGGCGAAUGACACGAAAUACCGAAAGAAAAAAUUUCCCAGCCACACAGUUGCAAUAUAGCGACGACUUUAAUAGCAGAUUUAUUGAUGUGUGGCCAAGGAAAAAAAUAUAUAAAGCGAAAUUACUGGAAAAAGUGUGAAUUUACAAUUGGUGAUAAAUAAAAUAUGAAAUUUAUAGCAUUAUUAAAGAAAGAAAGCGUUUGAAACGCGCCUGUGUGUACGAGUGUGUUGAUGAUAUUGCAAAUAAUUCGUGGUGGCUAAGAAGACGAGUGCUUUCGCGAACAAAGGACAUAACAGCCAGCAGGCGCAGCGACAGUAGUAGAGCGGUGGAGUGAAAAUUUUUUCUUUCAAGUGCCAGGCAACGCGUGAAAGUAGACAGAAAUUUAAUUUCGUUAACGAAAAUGCGUGAAAAAUAUACACGCGAACGCGCGGUGUAACGGGAAAAAGUAACGAAAACCUUGGCACAGCCGUUCCGUGCAGCUCGUGAGCUAGCGCGGCGGGGAGGCGCUACGGUGCCGCGACAGCCGUGUUGGUAUUAGAACAUUUUGGCUGCUGCGCGAAUUUAUGGGCGUUGUUGGAGGUGAAAAAUGACGCGACGCGUACGCGUAGAGACACGCAGUGCUAUGCAAACGAAUCAAAUAAAAUAAAAUUAAAGAUUUUUAAUAGUAAAAAGGUAAUUCUGCAAGUGAAAAUUCGAUAUCAAACGCGAAAAACGCGAAAGCUGAAAACGGAAGUGAAGGCGGCGCACACACAUUGCGAACGAUACGCACGCAGCGCACAGUGUUGGCCAUAAAUACAACAGCAACAAUAACGGUAAUACAACGACAAACAACACUAUCGGACAAACACCGUCAACACAAAUAGCAGCACCAUUUAGGGAGUGUUCGCUAUAGCCAGAGCUUAGAGACGCAGACACAGGCAAACAGCCAACAUAGCAUAGACAUAGGCGCAAAUUAGCGGCGCAAGAGACAAGGCAAAUAAGAAAGAAAAAAAAAGAAAUCUGGCACUGCUGCGUCGCAUAAGGACGAGGCGCUUACGCUCAACUCCAUUAUACAAAGCAAAAGUGUUCGUACGCUGCCGCGACGCGACGCGCAUACAGCGAACGCGUCGCAACACGCGGAUCGAAGCGGCGCGGGUGUAGAUAGUUAUUAUAUAUAUGUAUAUAUGUACGCGCACAAAGCGCAGAGGUAAAACAACGACGGACACAGUGGAAUAAUGCGAAAAAAUUGCUGAUACUGAAUCACAAUCGAAAUCAGAAAGCUAAAGCUGAAAUUGACGACGCGCAGCGUCAGCUGUGUGUGUAAGAGGCAUGAGCGGCAAUGCCAAUUGGCGUAUGAAAGCGCUUUUGUAUUGUGUGUUGCGGAGAGCGACGUGCGCGCUUAGGCGCUAGUGUGUGAGAGUGUGUGUUGGUAUGUUGUGAGACGCAGCAUAAUAGAUGAAAGCGAAGCAAAAUCAAAUGUAAUGAAAACAAAAAUACCAAAGUGUAUGAAAAAGUGAAAGAAAAAAGAAAAUCAGAAAAUCACGAAAAAGUUGAAAGCACAGCGCAAAGAAAGAAAACUACAAAAGUGCUGAAGGAAGUGUGCGCGCGGUUGUGUGCGUGCGAAAAUAGAAUGGUGUUGGUGUAUAGUGUGGUGCAAAGCGCUAGUGGUGAGAGAAAUAAUAAGUAGAGGAAAAUUAACUUCCUGCGUGUGAAGGAUACGCCACACUACUACGAAACUUCAGCGCUAGUCGGUUUUUAUACGCGCGGUGGAAAGUUAAGGCAGCGCGGCUCUCGAAAUUACGAAAAAUGCAAAAAUUGUGCUAAACUAUAGUAAACGCUUUGAUUGUGGCCAAAGCGCGCGGUGAAACAUAAGAGCGCCUAACAAAAUAUAUCAAAAAAAAAUAUCGAAUCAAGCGCGUGUAUAAAAUGCCAUUCAAGCACGCUAUACAGUUGUUUUAACACAAAAAGUGUGCUCGUUCAAAUUUAAAAAUAUAAUUUUUAAGUGCAAAUUGUAAGGCAACGCCACGCGCGCCUCACAUAGUGGCGUGAAAUUUUUAUACACAAAUUGUUUUUCAUAAAACGCCAAAGUGACGCGGACAAAGCGAAAAGCGUUGCCGAAAGCAACAAAGCCGGCGAAAGCGCAGCUGGUCACACAUGCGGCGACACUACGUAGCGCAACGCAACGCGCUGCUGAUGCUGCCACCAACGAAGUGUCCAAAUCGAACGCGACGACAGACUUCAGUGCGUUCGACUUCAAUGACAGCUCCGACAAUUCCGAUAUACAGGCGCGCCCGCCAUCAUACCUCAAUCGCGCGAAUCUGCAUAAUAAUAUAAGCAGUGGGGGUGGCGGCGGCGGCAACAAUACCAGCAACAAUACCAGCAACAGUAUUAACAGCUGUAACAGUAACAACAACAACAGUAGAUUAAAUAGUAGUAAUCAUUUAGUGAACAGCAACAACAGCAAUAAUGCGAGUUGCCGGGAAGCGGAAACAGCAAGUAAUGCGGGAGCGCGCAGUGGGCGCGGUGAAAUGCAUGCAGUCAACGGCGACGCGAUGGAGCAGGACGAGGAGGAAGAGGAGCAUGACGCUGCUGGUGAUGGUGGCGACGACGUUGAUGAGGAUGAUGACGACGAUGAAGAAGAAGAAAUCAAUGAGGCUGAAAACACAGGACGGCGUGAACAACGAACACGCACGAAAGCGGAGGAGGAAGGCGGCGGUCGCGACGAUGACGACGAGGAUGAUGAUGAAGAGGAGGAUGAGGGGGAUGAUGACGCUCAUAAUGCAGCGUUCAAUGUCACAGCGCGACAAUUGCGAGCUGUCACAGAUGCAUUGGCUAGUGUGACCGCUGACAAUGACAGGUUUCUCGAAACGCCGAACGCGUCCAAUGCAGCCGCGGAUGUGAGCUCUGGUGCGCCAGUUAAUACAUGCAAUAUUAGUAAUGGCAAAGAUGGUGCUGACAAUAAUGCCACCAACAAUAACAACAACAGUAGUAGCAACCACAGCCAAAGCAAUCUGGCGCACCAAACUAACAAUAAUAACAACAACACCAACAAUGAUGACAAUAGCAACGCCAGCAGUGAAGAUGACGAAGGCGACGAGGACGAUGAUGACGACGAUAUGGUCUGUCAUGGCAUGCGCGCACUCGAUGGCAUGGGUGUGGGUGACGCACAUCGCGCGGCAGUUAAUGCUAACAACAGCAGCAACAAUAACAACAGUCAUCACAAUAGCAACAGCGCUGCGGAUGCAUUGCUUAUGGCCGCGAUUGCCAGCGCAAAUACCAAUGGCACAAACAGCAAUGGUGGCGGCGCUGCGGGCGGUCUCGGCAAUGCGCUGUCGACAAGUGCCAUUACAGAGUCGCACAACCAAUGCGCGACGCAGCAAAGUGGUGCCACCGGCGUUAGUGCACUUUUCGAUAGCGCUUUAGGCGUGAGCAGCGGCAACAAUUGCAAUGAACUGGCACGCAGCAGUAGCGCUAGCUUGAGCAAUAAUAGUUCGUCUACCGCCGCGCUGGGCGGUGGUGGUGGCGGUGGCAGCGUUAUCGGUGCGGGUGAUGCGAAUAGCAUCGGUAUUGGUGGCAGCGGUGGUGGCGGCGGCGGUAAUGGUAGCCUUUGUGGUGGUGUUAGUGGCAGUGGUGGCAAUGGUAUCACGGCUGGCAUUGGUGGUGAGAGCAUGUGCGGCGGUGCGCCUAGCGAGGCAGGCAGCGCGGCUGGCACAACGGGUUCGGGCCACAGUGAGCGUAAAAAGUAUCGCCAUCAAAAUUAUAGUAAAAAUAUUUAUAUCGGCACCAAGAAUGCGGAAAAGUGGGAGCACACACGUACGCGUCUGCAGUUCAAAAACGAUGUGGAGUUCGUAACGUACUUGUUGAAUUUCGCCGACAAUGAUACGGAGCGUCUGGCGAACUUACCGCCACCCUCAGCGCCCACAACACCCACAAAGAGUUUCGCCAACAACUUCAAACUAGAGCCCAAUCUCAGCGUGAAGGAGUUCAGCAAAAGUCAAACUGAGAAUAGCAGCGAGGCACCAACACCAGCGCCGACACGCAGGAAAUACAAAAAGCGCGUACAAUUCAGUGACGCGCUCAAUGGCUUCCCGAAAAUAAAAGACUUUUCGAAUUUCUCCGCCAAAGCGAAGAAACACGAUCAAAAGAUGAAGAAUGCCGCAAAUGCGAGCGGUGCAGCCACUGAUACCUUGCCUGAAGUGUUGGAUUGUCGCAUAGCGGAGAAGAUCAAGAGCGAACUGGAAGAGAAGGGCGCCACAAAAGCGUCAGCGCAUCAAAAUGCAUUGUGUCUGAAGAAAGCAGGUGAGGCGGGAGAUGAACUCGAAACGCAACAUCACAGCGACGAAGAUGAUGAUGAGGACGCUGAAGCAGAGACUGCUGGCGCUGACCCCACCAGCGCAGCUGCACUUGCUGCUGCUGUCAGUGUAGCAGCAGCGGCUAUCGGCGAUGUGGUCGAUGCGAAUAGCGGCGCUGGUGUAGGAGCUACGGCAACACCCACACUGAAUGCACCAACUGCGAUGGCCACAACCAGCAACAUCCGGGCGAAGCCGAAAGGCAAACGUGGUCCCAAACCCGCAGCGACACCGCUGCCAGUGAAUAAUGCAUUCAGCAGUUUGGGCACCAGUCUUGCGGAUGAUGAUGAAGAUGAGCUCGACGGCGACACCGAUGGGGACGAUGAGGAUGAGGAAAUGGACGAGGAAGCACUGGCGCGUGAAAUGAAGAACGAACAGAAUUUCGUUGAAGAGGAGGACGAACACGACAUUGCCUUUCGUUCGCAGCAAUCGUGUCGCGAAUGCUCCAUCACGCACGACUAUAAAAUCUGUCCACUACGCACAGCAAUUGGUAUCAUUACCGAUGCCGUGGAUUUGUCCGAGUGGAUAGAACGUAAGAAUUUGGAAGCUUUGGCUAAAUUAAAACACGAUGCGCAACGGCAGGCGAAACAAGAUCACGAUCCCGAUGACGAGGAUAUGGAUGAGACGUCACAAAUGUCUGAGCUCGAAACGAAACCGCUGAUAACAUUCGCCGAAGCUUCGGUGCCAGCCGAAUUCGAGCUGCAUAAUGUCGAACCGAAUGUGACGGGAGUUUUCGCGCGUACCGAGGUGCGUUCAUAUACGAAGUUGGGACCGCUUAUUGGUCAACCGGUACAGAGCAGUGAUGUGCGCGAAGGCAGCGACAUGAAAUGGAUAUUCGAAAUUUGCGAAGCGGGCGCGGAGCUGUCACAACUGUUGUCUUGCGACAAUCCGAACACUUCCAAUUGGUUGCGCUACAUACGACCGGCGCCCAGCUACGAGGAGCGCAAUGUGAAUUUGGUCUCGAUAGAACGGCAAGCGUUCUUCGUCACCUGUCGCGAUGUGAAGAACGGCAUGGAACUGCUCUACUGGAGCGACGACUGCAAUACGAUGUGGCGCAAGAAACACACGGAGAAGACGAAUUGUGGCGGCUGCAAUUUACGCUUCGACCAUCCGCUCUACUAUCGCACGCAUUGCUCGAUUUUCCACGAUCCCUCGAUGAGUCUCACCAUACGCAAGUACCACUGCAAGGUGUGCGGCGAAGCGGUGCUCGGCAAGGACAACAUCAUGAAGCAUGCGGCCGAGAAGCACGAAGGCAAAGGCGCCUACCAAUGCCAGUUUUGCAACAAGUUCUUCCUGCGACUCAACUACUUGGAAAUGCAUCGCACCUACGGCUGUGCGGCCAAUCCGAAUCGUGCGCGACCACUUUGCGAUUUCUGCGGUCGUAAAUUUUGCCAACCGCAAAAGCUCAAGGCUCACAUCAAGCGCAUGCACAGUGAUAUGGCUGAAGUUUUACGAGAUUUUCAGUGUAAAUUAUGUUCAAAACUUCUAGGAUCACGUGCCGCGCUGCAGCGUCACUCCAAGGAGGUGCACAGUCGCAACUCGACGGUGGUCAGUUGUCCGCGAUGUCAGAAGCUCUUCCAGAAUCGCAGUAAUUUGAAAAUACAUAUGCUCACACAUUCCGGCGUACGGCCAUUCAAAUGUUCGGAACCCGAAUGCAAUGCCGCUUUCACUACGAAGCAAUGUCUUCAGUUCCAUUACAAGAAGGUGCACAACUAUACACAGGAGCAAAUGCCUCGGAUUGAGCGUAGUGUCGCAUAUACCUUUGAUGCUUAUUCCGGUGGCAUGAAAGUGGACUUUUUGGAACAAGCGCCGCGCCGUCGUCGCAAGAGUUUGGAGGAUCAAAACUCGCGACUGAGCUCGAGCAUACAAAGCGACACCGAGUUCUCGGACGACAAUAUCUUCGAAGCCAUCAAGAAAUCGGGCAAAUCAAUCAAAGAUCUGUGCCGCAAUGAACCAAAUCUCUCAUUACUCUCAUCCAAGAUCUCCAGCAUAUUCGGCGAAAAGGUUGUCGGCAGCCGGAAACGUAAGAAAAAGAAAGAACCAUCAACACCAAGUAUGAAUCUCAUGGGUGCUGUUGCUGGCGGCGCUGGUGUCGGCGUCGGUGUUGGCAACGCCACGGAGGAGGAUGAUGAGGACGAGCAUAUGGAGCAGGUGCGUCGCAAGCAAGCCAAUGCACAAUUGAGUCUCGUCGAAUCCUUCUUGACCACGACAGCGCAGCGACUGACCGCACAACAACAAGUCCAACAGGUGGUCGCCGCCGCUGCCGCUGUAUCGGCGAUGGCCGGUGCUGGUGCGGCAGCAGUAGCAGAAGAUCCUACCAAAAUGCAUAUGAUGACCGGACUGAAUAGUCAGCACCACGCGAUGGCGAUGAGUGGACAUGCAGUGGCGGGUAUGCUGAACGAUGACGAUGACGAAGAGGACGACGAGGAUGAUAAUGGCACGGAUGAUGUGCACGAUGGCGGACAUGGUGAGACGCAUGACGACAAUAACGGUUACCGCCAUCACGCGGGGAUGAAUGCUUUGGGACAGAAUUUGGUUGUGAGUAAAGGCAGCAAGAAAUGGAUUAGUGGCGAUGAUCGGCAUCUCUCGCGCGACUGUGUUAACACGGUGGACCGCUGUGGCAUGGGUGGUGGCGGUGGUGUUGGUGUUGGUGUUGGUGGCGGUGUAGACACUGAUGCAGCAGUCGCUGCAGCUAUGGGUGGCGCUGCAGCUGUGGCGGCUGCCUGUAGUAUGGCCGGUAAUGGUGGCGGUGUUGGCGUCGGUGUGGGCAAUGAUAUGGGUAUGCCACCGUUUGCGGUGCCACCCAGCUCAGUAGACGAUGCGAACAAAUUGAUUGGUCACAAUCGUGACUUCUUAGCGCGUCUGAUGAAUUCCGCUAAUGCGAGUCAUGCGCAUCACAAUAAUCGCGGUGAGGAGGAUGAGAACUCAUCUUUCCUCGAUGUGGUCGAAUCCAAUAAUAAUAACCAGAACCAAUUAGCGCAAUACCAUCACAAUAGCGGCGGCGGUGGUGGUGGCGGUGUGGUUGGUAAUGUUGGCGCUGGCGGACAUGUGGUCAACACGGGCAAUGGCAAUACAAAUAAUAUGGUGGGCGCCGGUGCGAACAACACACCGGGACACCAAGCGGAGGAGGCACAGUUGCAAAUGAACUCGUUGGCGCAUUCACAAUCGUUUAUGAGUUCGUUUUACAACAAUGCAAAUGCAAGACUGAGCGGCGCUGGGGGCGCCUCAACAUCGGCGAGCAUGCUGGUUGAGGCGGCUUUGAAUUCCGUGGGCAACAUGAUCGAUUCGGAGAAUAGUGACAUGAAGGUACCAAAUGACUCGAACAUUAACACCGACAGUCCGAUGAGCGCGCAUCAUGUGGACAACGAAACGAAUCGUUUCAACACAGACACUGCCGCCAAUCACCACUCCAUAAACAGUAUUGACAACCUCGAGAAUGAGCUGAAGAUGAUGAAGAAUCUCAGUAGCUUCCCCAUGCAAAUUCCACCACUGCCAAUGUUCCCGAACUCAGGCAACGCUAUGACCUCCUGCAACAUAUCGCCAAAUGCUUCGACACCGACAAAUCCUCAGAGCAACCAGAAUAAUAACGACGUCGAUGUGGAUGCCAGCUCCACGCCACGCCCACAGCAUUUGGGUGGCGGCGCUACAGAUUCCGACGGUUUCGCCUCGGUACAUCAUCGCACACCGCCCACGCCGCAACCCAUCUCGCCUGGCCGCGAUUAUGGCAUGUUCAGCAAUGCGAAUGCUACGGGUGCUAACGGCACACCCGGCGGUCCCGGCACCGCUGGCAGUAAUAGCAGCGGUAAUAGCGCCAGUGGCAACAGCAACAAUAACAUAUCAGCUUCCUCACCUUUGCCCACAAUGCAGGGGCAUAGACGCAAUGCAUCUAGUGUCGGCAGCGCAUAUCCGGAGCAUGAGCUCAUAUCGCCCGCAUCGUCGCCGUCUAUACCACGCUACAAUUUCAAUGGCGAAAUGAUGCGACAUAAGCGCGCCGAACAUGAGAAUGAAAGACGGCAGGCGAUCGGACAUAAUCCACAUUUGUCUAGUGAUGAUGAGAACAGUAUUAUGCCACAAAAUAGCUCCGGGCAAGAUAUGCGUAUGAAGUUCUCGCAAUCGCAAAUGGAUCUCAUGUACACGAAGUACGAGAGUAUGGCUGCCAAUGCGGCGAAUCUCAAGUACAACAGCCAAGAGCUCGACUCGCCCGCAGAAUAUCGCAGCGCGAAUAGUAAUACCGCAACUGCGCCCACCGCCAACGAUCUGUCGGACUUGCAAGGACUCGACAUGUCACGGUCCAGUGUCAGCGCUUCGAACUAUCAUCACAACUUCCAGUUGCCGGGCAGCGCCAGCACCAAUAUACCUGGUAUCGGACGUUAUCAUCAUCACAUCUACGAUAUACUCUCCGAACGUGAACAGCAAACGCAACAAGCACAGACACAGCAGCAACAACAUCACAGUUCAGCUGUGGCGGCCGCCGCUGCUGUCGCUGCACAACAUCAACAACAGCAGGAACAUUCCAGCCAAUUGGCUAUGCAACAACACCAAUCGGCCAUGCACAAUAUGCUACCCGAUCAACUGGGCGAACAAGAUCAUGAUCAAACCACUUCGGUAGAUUUGAGUCGCACCGCUAAUUAUGUGGUGCCAUCACCACCACAACUGCCAUACAAUCAUCCACAUCACGAUAUGCUGCGCAUGGCUUCCCUCGACUUAACGCCGAAUACCAACAUGUCCGUCGGCAAUAAUCGCUCGUUCCUCUCCUCGCAAAUGCAACACCAAAGCCGUGAGAGUUUGGAGCAUCAUCGCCUACUGUCUACCGUGGAACAGCAUCGCAUAUUGGCCGCAUCCAAUGUUGCUGCUGAUCAGCAUCGUUUACUAGUCGAUCCCACCGCUCAUCUGCUGAUGGAGCAAAACAACCGGCUCUUGGGCACAGAUCAGUCACGUCUGCUCGGCGAGUCGGCGCAAAAUCGGCAUAUGGCGCGUAGUUUUGGCGCUUACCAUCAGGUCGCAUCAGGCAAUUAUCAUCCGGGUGUGCGUCCACCAGUACUGCCAUCGGCUAAUCAUCAUGCUUCCAAUCCAUCAAACUAUCAUCCCUUCCCGGCUUAUUAUUAAAAGUGAGCGGACUGUGAAAAUGGUUGGUUGAUUGCUAUGUAGAGGUAUGAGCAGGUGAAUGGUGCUUUCAGUGAAUAAAAACAUUUAGUAGAGACUUGAGGACGGACUUGCAAUAUUUCAGUUGUCGACUUAUGUAUGACCGCCAUCAUGGAAAAGUGAUUAGAAAUCGGUUUCUGACCAAAAUUGAAUACAAACUAAGUUCAAACCUCUGAGAGUAUUUCUAUCAUGACAGUUACUACCAAAUCCUUUGUAGGUAUUAUUGCCUUCAUUAUCCAAUCAUCUGAGUCAUCCAAAACCUUCGAUUCGUCUUAUUCUGUUGUGUUCUGCGUGGAGGAAGUUUCGAAAGGAAAUAAGGUCACUGCGUGAGUCUCCUUCGGAAUUAACUGAACUGGUUAGAAUAAAGAUUUAAUUCCUUCCUGCUUCGGAGUUCCUCUCUGUGAUUACGAUAAGAUCAUAUGCAGUAAAAAAUCGCAAAGAAUAUAUGGAUCUGUUUCUGGAUCUGGAACCAUUAAAUAUCUUAUUGCUUGAUGGAAGUUACUUUUUGCAUUUCCAAGGGCUCUUUGUAUGGUAGAAUGAAGCUUAGCAACGGAAUGUUUAAUUUCCGUAGUAUUUCUAGAACCCGGCACAAUAUUUUACUUAGAUGGUUAAAGCACAACAAGAAAGGAUAUGAUAUUGGUUUCGCCGCUUGUUGGCCUACUAAACUUAAGAGUAGAUCGUCGUGAAGUCUUUGUAUAGUAGUUUUAGAAAGGUAUCUUAUAUAUGUAUAGGAUACCUUAAUUAAUGAAACUCCCGAUGAGUUUAUAGGUAACUUUGGAGAGCUCGCAAAUAAUUCUUUGAAAAAGUUGUAGGUACUUAAGACACACUUAUUUAAUUAAGAAUAUUGAUGUAAAAAUAUUAUUGUAUGGGUAUAUGUAGACAGAAUUAUGUGUAAGUGAUUAAAAUACUUCCAUACAUAAUUUUCUACAUAAUUUUCCUUUCUUUUUUUAUAAUUUGUUCCUUUAUAUUACACAUUACGAGCGAAAAUAGAAAAUUGCGGUGCUUUUGGAAAAUUUGAAUAUCUCGCGGAAACAAUUUUUUAUCGCCCAUUUCAUCAACUAAGUUGCUUAGUAAUUCCUAGGCCUACUUCAGUUACGUUUAACUGCUUUUAGGAGUCAUAAAAUUUUCGCAAAUUUUUGAGCUUAGUUUCUAGGGUUGAUUGGUAAUAUUUCUGAUGUAGAGAAAUUAUUGUGGUUUUCUAUGCGUCAAACUCUCAAUUCUUUAUAGUAAAAUAUCUGGAAAAACUUCAAGUUAUCCUACUGAUAAAUCGACUUCGAAAGUUUUUCAAAAUUAAAAGCAUACCUUUAGGAUGAGUAGUUAAAAAAUGGAAUUAUGUAAGUUAAUGAGCACUUUGUUUUCCGUAGAAAUUCUUGUGAAACUAGAAGCAUACAAUAUCAGAAAAAUCACUACAUUUAUUAAAAUAACUGUUCAUUAAUGUAAUUAAUUACCACUUAAUGGCUUGAAGUAUAUGUAUAUUUUCAAAAAUAAGUAUUUAUUUAAUAUUUGAUUUAUCUACUGUAUAGUUAUGUAUUAAUGUACUAUUUAUAUAUGUAUGUCCUAAAAUGUCUAUAAUCAACUAAUAAAUGUGUUUGUUCCUUUCCCUUUGUGGUAUUAUAAUUAGAACUCUACUAUAUAUAAUGAAUUGCAAAGUAAAAAAAUUACACAUUUUAGUUUAUGUAAUAAAAAAAUAUAAAUAAUAAAUAUUUAAAAAAUAAUUAAAUAAUUAUAAAAAAUACUAUGUGCCAAUAUUUAAAUAAAAAAUAUUAAAUUAAAGAAAAUAUGUUUUUAGCAAAGUAAGCUUAGCUGUAAAAUUAAAAAAAAAAAUAAAUAAAUAUAUAAAUAAACUUUGUAUUAUAUAUACACAAUAAAUAUAAAAAAAUAUAUAUAUAAAUAUAAUUGUAACCAUAAAAAAAUAAAAAAAAAAAAUUUUGCAAAUAAAAAAAUCUUAGAAGAGACCCAAACGCCACACCCUAAACUACUCCACAGACAUGAUCAAAUGUAUUUUAUAUUGAAAAAACUUGUAAUACAUAACCACAAAAAUUUAAAUAACAUAAAAUAAAUAUACAAAAUAUAUAAAAUAAAUAUAAAAAAAUAUAAAAAAAUAUACAAAAAUUAUAAAAUAAAAAUAUAAAAAAAUAUAAAAGAUAUUAAAGAAAAUAUAAAUAAUCUAAUUGAAGAAUAUUUAAUAACAAUUUGCAGUUAUAAAAAAAUUGUAAUGCGCAGCGAUUUUGCUAAAAAUGCCGCUAAGAAAUGCUAAGCCGCCAAAGCUUGCCUGUAAAAAUCACUGAAUAUAUCUCAAAUAAUCGCAUGAAAAUAUUCAAAAACACAAAUUGUGGAAAAAUAUUAUGAAAAAGUAAGCAACAUAUUGUGUAAAAAAUACUGUAACGCAGAUUGGACGCUAUUUUUACACCCUGUAUAAGCAUGAUUAGCGUAAGAUUACAAGUACAAACAGCAAACACGAAAUAUAGAAGAAAGUAGUAAAGAGCAAACAAACGCUAAACAAUGCAUGGAAAGCAAACAGUAAAAAUAUUAUAUUAAAAAUUUAGAUUAAUGGUCACGUGAUUUUAUUUUAUUUUUCAAAUUUGCUUUUAUCAGUGAUCUGCUCAUUUUCAGGGUCAGAGCUUUUAUUUGAUUUCAUUAGCAGUAAAUUUUACGAUACUGAUUUGAUUAAAAAAAAAUUUUUUAAAAAAUUAUUUAUUUACAUAUUUUAUUUUCGAGACAGACCAUAAAAAAUAAAUAUAAUUAAUUAUUAUAAAAAAAUAUUUAUUUUAUGAAAAAAAAACAAUAAGACCAAAGGAAGAUUACAAAAAAAUCAUUUUUUUUUUACAUUAUAUCACAGCCACGAUAUUUAAUAUUUCCGCAAUUCGAAAAUUAUUGUUGAACUUCGAAAUUUCGAUAGCAUAUUUUUGAUAUUUCGAAAAUUGAAAACAGUUGACAUCAUAUAUGAUAAACAAGUUUUCAAUUCAAGAGAAUAUAUUUCGAAUAUCAGAACAAAAUUAUUUUCGGUAAUCUGAUUCGUACAUACAUAUGUGACCUGGUCUACGGAAAGGGGGCUUAGGUGUCAAAAAAUCAAUUUUCACUUUUUAGUUGAUUCGGAUGGAGGAUGAGAUGCUUUUUCACAUGAUAGAAUCCAAAAAAAAAAAAAAUUUUGACACCUAAGCCCCCUUUCCGUAGACCAGGUCACAUAUAUUAAGAAGUUUACAAAAUUUCGAAAUUCUUCAAGCACAUUUACUGUGAUCCAAUCAAACAAUUCGAAAACUACCCAAAAUAUAUGUGAGUUUCGAACCAUUUUCUACUGAAAAUUUCGAAUAAAAUGUUUUCCAAUAUGAAAUUUCAUUUAUUUUUGUAUUGUUCGAAAAUCAAUUAGUUAAAACAUGUAAAGUUUUUGAACUUCGAAUACAAAAUUUGGGAGUAUAAUUUUUCAAAUUAUUUCAUAGAAAUUGAAAAUUUUUUUUGAGAUAUCAAAUCACUGAGAUUAGUAAAUCCAUUUCAUAUCCAUUCAUACAAUUCGGUUUUGGAUUUCUAUUAUAGAUUUCAUAAAUUAAGGGGGGGGGGUAAGGUUUGACAACUUUUUUCCAUUUUUUUUUCUGAACCAUCAACAUCUCAAGAAUAUUGUGUUAAAGUUUUAGGUCAUUCGGAGAAAAACUAACGAAGUUACAGCAGGUUGAAUAACGGUACCUCUAACUUGCAUUUGCGCGCCUUCCAGCUACCUGCGCUGAGUGUACAAAACUUUGCGUCGAUUUUCCCAAAUAUGUCAUUUUUAAAGUCGGUAACCAGCCUACAGAAAAUCUACUGCAUCGAUCGUUUUGAAAUUUUGAACAAAUAUUCUACAUAUAUAUAGCUCUCGAGGUCGAGUUUUUCCAAAAAUUUUAAUUGCUAACAAUUUUACAAUAACAAAUAGGUCGAUUUUUUCGUCGAAAAUCGUCAUUUUGGCUUGAAAAUGGUACCAAAAAUUUAAAAAUUAAAAAAAACUCGACGUCAAUUGAAAGAUAUACUAAUAAACUAAGGAAAGCAUUUUGAUUUUUUGGUUUCGGAUGAUCCAGUAAUGCUGUAGGCUGGUCACCGCAGAAAAACUUCUUUUCGAGGUGCCUGCAGAGAUCGACGAUAAAUCCGUCAUUCCUCGUUAUUUUUCGAUAAAACUUUUUUUAAGUAUCCUUCAAAUGUUGUACUUUCAUAUAAUAAUAAGUAAAAUAAACCUACAGCAAUAAUUUUUUCUAAAACAAUUCAUGAAAAAAGGUCUUUUUUCGACGAAAAAACCUUAUACCUAAUAGAUAUAGUUCAAGACAUUAAAAUAGUACUGGACCGAGUGAGUUUUUUCUAAUUCCGUUGAUUUAAGCACUGUUCUAAUAUUUUUAUUAAUUUCGUAAUUUUAUUUUUUAUAUUUUAUAAUAUUAAAAUAUUAUGAUUUUUAAUUAAAAAAUUAUUUAAAAUUUUUUGAUAGCAGUUAUACCAUUUAUUGGACGAAAGUUUGGUUUGCAUAUGCACUUCCAAAAUAUAAAAUGCAUAUUAAAAAAUUAAAAAAAAUAAUAUUCAAAAAUAUAUUUGAUAUAUAUAAUAAAAAUAUGUAUAAUAUAUAUUUAUAUAUCAAUGCAUAUAACCACUACACAUACAUUGUAUAAUUCAAAAGAAAAAUGUAUAAUAAAACAAUAGGAAAAAUACUUAAGUAUCUAAUACCAGACAAUGUAAGGCAUUGUAGCUAUUAAAUAAAUAAAAUUAAUAUAAAUUAUUCAAAUAUUUAUUAUUUUGAAAAAAAAAAUAAUAAUUAAUUAAUAAUAUGAAAAAUUAAAAAAAAAAAUAUUAUAAAUAAUUAAAAAAAUAAAUAAAAAUAAAAAUAAAAAUAAGUAUUAAAGACAUUAAUACCGCACAUCAGGAAAUUAAUCUCAAGCUGUAUACAAAUUAAAAGAAAAACAACAAAAAUUGUCUACAUAAGAAACAGAAAUUAGCGCUGCUUCCAAAGGCAAAAUA